AUGCAGCUCCCAAAGGUCUUAGCCAGCAUUCUCUUUGCUCUCGCCCCGGUUCUUGCUCUCCCACCAGCGCUCUCCUCCAGCAAACAGCCUGCUUCGCCGUCUCUGUGGCCUAGGGAAUUCAACCCCUUCACGAAACGCCAGUCCUGCGCCGAAACAUGCGGCGACGUGUGCUACUAUCAGUCGACCAUUGACGCUGCCGUCUCCAAGGGCUACUCCCUCUACCAAGACGGACAGACUGAGGGAUCCGACGAUUAUCCCCACCAAUACAACAACUACGAGGGAUUCAACUUUCCUGUAGAUGGGCCGUACUACGAGUUCCCCAUCAUGGACGAUUUCAAGGUUUAUGACGGUGGAUCUCCAGGGCCCGAUCGCGUCAUCUUUAACGCAGACGGCGACUAUGCAGGAGUCAUUACACACACGGGUGCCAGUGGUGAUGAUUUCGUCGCUUGUGCUGGGGACAACCCGUAA